AUGAAUCCCGAAUCCCCGGUCACCAUUGCUGAUCUCGAACAACAACACAACCUCCAAUCGCGCACACUUUCCACACCAACUGCACUCGUCGUCAUGCCAUCGCGUCCCCUUGUCAUUUGCCUCCACGGCUCCGGAUCCUCGGCCGCCAUCUUCCACGCCCAAGCUCGACGCAUCCGCUCCACGCUCGCAUCGCAAUUCGAAUUCCUCUUCAUCGACGCCCCCUUCGAAAGCCCGCCGGGGCCGGGCAUCCUCCCUUUCUUCGAGGACGCCGGUCCCUACUUCCGCUGGUUCACCAACGAGGAGCGGUCGCGAGAAGCCGAAUGGAGCGCGAUUCUGUCCACGCUGGAAGCCGCUCUGGAGAGGUGUGGCCGUGCGCCAUCCGACGUGAGAGGCGUCAUGGGCUUUUCGCAGGGCGCCUUGGUCGCAUCUCUCCUGCUGCACCAGGCCAAGUUCCACGGUGAUCCGCGUUGGUCCGCCUUGUCGUACUCCAUCUUGCUCUGCGGAGGCGGCGCCGAAUCGGCCGUGUCCAAACUCCUCAACGUCCCCUCGGUCCAUCUUCAUGGGCUGAAAGAUCCAUACCUGAUCAACGGACGACUCCUGCUUAAGUGGUACAAUCCCGCGAACGCGACCGUCAUCACUCACGAUGGCGGCCACCAUAUGCCGACGGCCACCGACGACGUCAAGCGCCUCGCAGAUGCAAUAGUCCAGGUGAACAGGCAGACUGAAGAAUGGUGA